UUGUCUGUCGUAACAUAACCCUCACGAAAGGUGAAUUUUUUCGAAUUAGAUCUUCUUAAAAAAUUUAACAUAAAACCAUCGUGAUUUCUUUGCAUUUUCCACAAACUACUGCUUCAAAAUGAGUAUCACACGAAUUACCAUUCAACAUCUUCGUCAAUCAAUCAACAGACCAUCAGCGUUGAGCCGCAUGUUCGAAGCUCGUUUCCAAUCGACCGCAUCAACUUCGGCUGCUGGUGGUGAAAAACUUGUGCCUCCGGUACCCGAGGGUGUCGACAAACCACCAAAUCCUAAAUUAGAUAACAUCGUUAACAGUAUUGCUUCACUUAACCUCUUGGAAGUUUCCGAACUUAGUUCGUUGUUAAAGAAAAAACUCAAUCUACCCGAGACUGCAUUUGCUCCAGUUGGAUUUGCAGCUGCUGGUCCAGCUAAACCAGCCGAAGAUGAAGAAGAAGCAGCUCCCAAAAAAGUACAAACAUCUUUCAAAGUGAAACUUGUGAAAUUCGAUGACAAACAGAAAGUUGCUUUGAUCAAAGAAAUCAAAAAUCUUCUCGAAGGAAUGAAUCUGGUGCAAGCUAAGAAAUUCGUUGAAAGUGCUCCUACAUUGGUAAAGGAAGAUAUUCCCAAAGAUGAAGCUGACAAACUGAAGGAAGCCCUAACAAAGGUUGGAGCUGUUAUUGAAAUAGAAUAAACUUAAAAUAGAGAUUGAUUUUUAUAAGUAGAGAAAAUGUUUGACAAAGUUAAAAAAGAAUAAAAAUUAGUUACCACAACAAAAAGA